AGGAGGGGCAGUUCAACGCCUCCUCAGCCCAAUCCAGCGGCCUCUCCCUGGAUAAUCUCUCCGUCUACUCAGCUUCUCCUUGAAGAGUUGCCCUGUUCAUCCAGUGAAAGCCACGCCACUUAAACUCUGUAAACUCUGCUCUGCUGCUCUGCAGUCGUCGGUGGAUGAUUCCCGUGUUCCCAACUGAUCGGUCUUAUCUUGCACAACACACCUCACACUCGCUCACCCUACUCAGCCUACUCACCCGUUCCACAGCACUUGACCUCGAAGACGACGAACGGAUCGCCUUGCUUCUUUCAACUUCGCCUCAUCGUUCGCUUCCUGUCGUUACAUCAUCCCUCCAAAGCCUCCAUGUACGCUUCGACACUACUACGACCGACCUAACGACACUCGUUACCCGGGGAGCGCGUGAGGGCAAAUAACCUCAAGCUUACUCUACAAUCAAUUGUCACCAAAACACCACCCAUUAAUUAUCUUACCUCCUCGUCGCCAUGUAUUCUGCUUUCAUACCUCGCGCAGUAUCAGCGCUGCUGCUUGGCAGUAGUCUGGUAGCAGGAAUCGACCUCGACAUAACAAGUGUUGGUACGUGGAUUUCUACAUUUGCAGAGGUUAUUGAUUCUCUCCCCUUCAGAUGCUGAUGCGACCGUCCAGAUUCUAUAAAGAGUGCUGCAAGUACCCUUGCCUACGAUAUGAUGACCUAUUACAAGGGCAAUCAAUCGGGCCAUAUCUUGGGAGUUCUGCCGGGUCCCCCGCCAGAUCCACCAGAAGGAUGUGAGUUAUCGCCUACCAGAAUUCCACCUUCUCAGUGUUGAUGGCUGACGUGAUUAGAUUACUGGUGGGAAUCGGGUGCGAUGUGGGGGAGUUUGAUCGAUUAUUGGCAUUACACGAAUGAUACUAGUUACAACGAUGCAGUAAUGGCGGGAAUCCAAGCCCAGGUGGGGGAGAAUGUUGAUAUGAUGCCCAAGAAUUGGUCGCAGUCCAUGGGAAAUGAUGACCAGGCUUUUUGGGGGAUGACUGCCAUGUUGGCGGCCGAAUACAACUUUCCUAAUCCUCCGGGAAAACAACCUUCUUGGCUCUCCCUCGCUCAGGCGGUCUUUAAUACACAGGCUGUUCGCCCUGAUCAGAAUUGUGGUGGGGGGUACGUGGAAUGUAUAUUCCCGCUGCACUUCAAAUACUAAUCCUGUAUAGUUUGCGAUGGCAAGUUUACCCUUACUUGACGGGUUACAACUACAAGAAUUCGAUAGCCAAUGGAUGUUUCUUUAAUAUCGGAGCGAGAUUGGCUCGAUAUACGGCCAACAACACCUACGCGGAACACGCGGAAAAGACUUGGAACUGGAUUCAAAGUGUUGGGUUGAUGGAUAAAGAUUACAACGUGUAUGAUGGUGCUCACAUUGAGUCCAACUGCACAGAUAUAAACAGAGUUCAAUUCUCUUAUAAUAGUGCUGUUUGGUUGCUAGGCGCAGCUACUAUGUAUAACUAUGUAAGUAUUCUUCGCUGGUGAUGUGACGCAACAACUAACCUGGUACAGACAAAGGGAGAUCCCGUCUGGAAAGAACGUACCGACCGACUCCUGAAUCAAACCUUCAACAUCUUUUUCAGGGACAACAUCGCCUACGAAGUCGCAUGCGAACCCAAAUUAAGUUGCACAACCGAUAUGUACAGCUUCAAAUCCUAUCUCACUAGAUGGCUAGCCUCUACCAUCAAAGUUGCACCCUACACCCACGAUUUGAUCGUCGCAAAGCUCAAGCCCUCCGCAAUCGCCGCCGCGAAGCAAUGUGUAGGUGGAGACAAUGGAAGGACUUGUGGAUUAAGUUGGUCUAGUGGAAAAUGGGACGGUACCAAAGGAGUUGGUCAAGAAAUGGCAGCCAUGUCUGCGAUUUUCGUCAACCUCAUUGAUCUCGUUCCUAUUGGUGCUCCUCUGACGAAUGCUACGGGUGGAACUAGUGAAAGUAAUCCGAAUGCUGGGAGUGGGAGUUCAGAUACACUGGAGCCGAUCAAACCUGCUACCCAGGCGGAUCGGGUUGGUGCGGGGAUUUUGACGACGUUGAUACUGGUUUGUACUACGGGGAUGUUUUGCUGGAUGAGUAUUUGAAUUAAGCGUUGUUCGUUUGCUUGGUUUCCUUUGCAUCUUUUUUCGAUUUGGGACGGACUGGCCCAGGCAAGGAGUUUGUUCAUUCCGAAAUCGUUCGCACCCGACGAUGUACACGGUAUUAGCAUGGGCAUUGAUACCUGCUCGUUAUUCUCUUUCUUUUCUUUCUCGCUCGAGCGGUCGUUGACGUGGCUUGGUGCCUUGGCGGAUGGAUAGCUGGGUAAUGGAUGGAUUGGAGUUCUCUUUUCUCUUUUCUUUUCUUUGAUUCUUACAUAUCUUCGCGACUUACCUUCCUCUCUUUGUGAAUCAAGAGAGGGGUAGUAGCAAGAUGGCGUUUGGGGAGUGUGUGAUGGGAUGGGGUUUGAUUUAUUUUUCUCUUUUCUCUUUCUUGAGGACUUUUGAGAUUGGUGGGUUGGAAUGGAAUGAAGUGAUGGAAGGGUAAGGUUGGGUUGGGUAGGGUAGGAGGUGUUAAUUGGAUUUGGAUUUGUGAGGGAUGGGUGGAUGGAUGGAUGGAUGGAUGGGAAGGGGUGGGGGAAAGGAGUUGACUGAUGAAUAGGAUGGGAGGAGCGAGAGAGAGAGGGAGGAAACAAGGAAGUGAGUGUGGAAAGGAGACUAGAAAAGAUGGUUAGAUACAGCUUGUCUGAAGGGAGGGAGGGUAGGCUAGGGUGUAUUAGUGUAAUGGUCAUCGUUUGUAUUACUGUG